AUGAAUCCUCCUGAGACUACCCAAGAGCACUCAAAGAAGGGCAUCGGUGAUGUGGAACGAGUGAGCUCUUUAAAGAUUGGAGGAAUCAGUCUGACCAAAGACAGUAUUCCCGAACUCGAAGGAGCAGUUUUGACAGCUGCCAUCCAAGAAUCCGUCAACCAUCGCCGUCUCAACCCCCGACACAUCCAACUUACAGCCUUCGCCGGCUCCAUCGGAGCGUUUGUCAACCUUCCGAAUCUUGACAGAACAACACUGAUAUUUGACAGGGCUCUAUUCGUAGCUAUCGGGAAAGGCGUUCAGUCUGGACCAUUAUGCCUUCUCUUAGCCUUCAUCUUCUGGGUCACGGUCGUAUUCUCUAUCGCUCAAUGCCAGAUGGAAAUCGUCACUCUCUUCCCCUUGGAUGGAUCUUUCAUCCGUCUCGCAGGUCGUAUGGUUGAUCCAGCUCUUGGUGUGGCUUUUGCUCAAACAUCCUAUGUGAUAUUCGAGGCCACCAUCAUCAACACCCUCGUCGAAUAUUGGGGAUAUGGCCAGUCGCCUGCCAUCCUCAUUUCCGUCUCUCUGGCUUUUUAUCUUGCAAUCAAUGUGUGGAGAGCGGAUCUGUUCGGUGAAGUCGAGUUCUGGCUGGCACUCGGCAAAGUUUUACUUGCAGCUGGCUUGAUCCUGUACACCCUUGUCGUUAUGCUUGGACGUAACCCUCUAGAUGAUCGCUUCGGAUUUCGGUACUGGAAAGACCCGGGCGUCUGGGCUGGCGACGAUGCAAGUGGCAGGCUACAAUCAUUCGUCAACGCGGUCAACGUUGCUGGCUUUGUUAUGGGAGGUCCAGAGUAUAUCUCAAUGAUUGCGGGCGAAGCUCGAGACCCCAGACGCACAGUUCCCCGAGCCUUCAAAACCAUCAUUCACCGAUUGAUGAUCUUCUUCAUUGGUGGUUGUCUUUGCGUUGGCAUUCUUGUGCCAUACAACGACAAGACCCUUAGUGGUGGCGCCGACACAUAUAGCGGCGCUUCUCCCUAUGUCAUCUCUAUGGAACGUCUGAAGAUCCCAGUUCUUCCUUCUAUCGUGACCGCUGUCCUCAUCACAACCAUCGUCUCAGCAGGUAACGCUUAUACGUUCAAUGCAUCUCGAAGUUUGCAUGCGCUAGCGCUCGAAGGCCAAGCGCCAAAGUUCCUGCGACGCCUGAAUAGCAAGGGAGUCCCAUACGUAGCUGUCAUCGUUGUGAUGCUACUAGGCUGUCUUGCCUUUCUUGCUCUGGAUUCUACCAGUGCAAAGGUCCUCAACUGGAUUCUCAACUUCUGUACCGCCGCUACUAUGCUCAACUGGACAGUCAUGGCGGCUACCUGGAUCCGCUUCAACGCUGCCAUGAAGGCACAAAGCAUCGACCGAGAUACGUUCCUGCCUGUCAGGUCGCGAUUCCAGCCCUAUGCAGGCUACUGGGCAUUUUGCUGCGCAUUCGUCUUUUUAUGGGUUCAAGGGUACUCUGUAUUCCUUUCUGGUAACUGGAACACAGCGACGUUCAUCUUCAACUACGGCAUAAUCGCUCUAGCUGGUAGCAUUGGUCUUGGCUGGAAACUGUUCAAGAAAACGCGAUUUCACCGUGCAUCAGAAGUAGACCUGGUUUCUCAUCUAUACUUCUUUGAUGCUCUAACUGAACACUAUCGUCAUGAGCGGGAGGCAGCACCACAGAACCUCAAGGACAAGAUCCUGGCCAAAAUCUUCUAG